CGUUCUGGGUCCGGGCUAAGCGCGUCCCGGGCGCCCGGCGGUGCCAGCUCACUCCGGGCUGGGUAGGGCAGGGCAGACCCCGGCGGAGCCCGGAUCCGGGCAAUCUGGACUGGACAGAGCGAAUCCCGGACAGUGCAGAGCCCGGGGAAUGCCGGACGUGGGCUGAGGGGAUCCCGGCGCCCUCCCAGCCCUCCGACUUUGGCUCACGCGCUGGGACCGGCCCGGCGUCUCCUCGGCCUCCCCGCGCCCCGGUCACCUGUGGCCUCAGAGCCCCGAAUCCGCCGAACCCUCGCUCGUUCCCGACCCCGAGCCUGGAGAGGCUUGAGAAAGAUUUUUACUGCCCCCUUCCCUGGAGUGCGGAGGCCCCGCCCCCCCUCACCGCCCAGAUGUCUCCGGUCACGGCUCGGAGGACCUCCCUGAGGCCAGGGGCCGAAGGGUCCAGAGAGAGAAGCCCGCCCUAGGGAGCCUUGGGGGCCCCCCAACCCCGUCUUGGGGCUUGGCCCCCGACGCUGCUUGGAGGGAAGGCCGGUGCCCCCACCCUCGGGGGCUGCCCUCUUCCAAUCCAGCUCCCUCCCCAGAGCUGCCCAUAUCCGGAGCCCCUUCCACAUCUGGAAGACCCUGGCCACCAUCCCUCUGCAGGUGUCAGUUGCAUCCAGAGACCUCUGCCUUUGCAACUGCCUAGGAGUUGUGAGGGGAUCCCUGCUGCCUUCCCCCAUCCCAAGGGCAUCUCUUACCCUUAGUCCCUGCAGAGUCAUCCCCCUGCCUCUGUGUUCAAGCUCAGGCAGAGAUCAGCUCUGCAUACCCACAGGCACUUCAAGACCUGGAGGCCACUCCUGGGACCCAACGCCCCUCCCCCUGCCCUCCCGUGUCCUCACCUUGACCCCCUCUGCCAGACUCUGUCUUCUUCUGGGUGUCCCACUCCCCACCCAGAGGCAGAGGAGGCGGGGUGGCAGGGGGCAGGGGCUGGUUGAGGGCCGCCCAGGGCCAGGGUGGGCUGGGGGGCCGUUAAGAUGUGGAGCUCUGCCCAGCCGAGGGGGGCUCCGUGGAGGCAGACGCAGCGUGUGCCCAGCUGGGGGGAGUAUGGGCAGGCCUGCGGCCACGUGGUAAACGAUGAACAUUCGGGGCGCCCCGGACCUCGGGCAGCCCAGUGACGACCCCAGCAGUGGUGGUGAGCGGGAGCGGAUUCGACAGCGCAUGAAGAUGGUCAUCGGGCAGCUUGAGGGCAUCCUUCGCGAGCUCAAGGAGGUGGCCAAGGAGCUGAGGGAGGUGGUGAGCCAGAUCGAUAAGCUAACUUCGGACUUCGACUUUGAACUGGAGCCGGACGACUGGACCACAGCCACUGUGAGCAGCACCUCUAGCAGUGACAAGGCGGGCGUGGGCGGCCCCUUUGACCUGGGCCACCUGGACUUCAUGACAGCCGAUAUCCUCUCAGACAGCUGGGAGUUCUGCUCCUUCCUGGACGUCUCUACCCCCUCGGACUCCGUGGACGGUCCUGAGUCGACUCGGCCAGGGGCUGGCCCUGACUACCGCCUCAUGAAUGGUGGCACGCCCAUCCCCAAUGGGCCACGAGUGGAGACCCCAGACUCCUCCAGCGAGGAGGCCUUCGGUGCUGGCCCCGCAGUGAAGAGCCAGCUGCCCCAGCGGACCCCAGGGACGCGGGAGAGGGUGCGGUUCAGUGACAAAGUGCUCUACCACGCUCUGUGCUGUGACGAUGAGGAGGGGGAUGGCGAGCAGGAGGCGGAGGAGGAGGAGGUGGGCUUGCCCCCAGAGCCUGCCCAUACAGAGGCCCACGCAGGCCUCCACAAGCCCUCCCCAGCCCCCUACAAGUCACGGCGCUCUCCACUGACCAGCCGCCGCUCAGGCUCUACCUUGGCCCCUGAACAGACUCGAAGGGUCACGAGGAACAGCAGCACCCAGACAGUGUCAGACAAGAGCACACAGACGGUGCUGCCUUACACAGCCACUAGACAGAAAGCCAGGGGGAAAAACUAGGGGCUGGGGAGGGGGCCAGGGCGGUGGGCACAUAGAGCUAUAAAUAUAUAUAUAUAUAUAUAUUUAAACAAAUGAAGUCAUAAUAAAAUUUAAAAAUGCUAAGGA